UUUUCGCUGUGCUUUUUCAUCUUCAUCAUUCUCAUCACAGUGUUAGGGUUUUACUUCGUUUUCACUCUCAUCAAAGUGAAGGGACUUUUAAUUCCAAUGGCGAACACUCAACCUUCAUCUUCACCUGCUGGAGAUGAAGUUAGAGAUGCAAAUGGAAAUGAACAUUAUCAGGAAACUGAGCUUUUUGAGGACACAUUAGUGAUCCAUAGUCCCUUAAUCGAAACUGAAGUGCAAAAUCUCGAUCUGAAUACUGAGGUGCAAAAUAUUGAUCUGAAUGCCGAGGUGCAAAAUCUCGAUCUGAAUGCUGAGUUAGUAGAGGAUUCGGAGCCUGUAGAGGACAUGAUAACUGCUACAACAUGUGAGUAUGAGCAAGAAGUGGUGCUUGACAGUGAGGACGAAGAAAUGAAUAAUGCAGACAAAGUGACUGUUGCUGAAAGAUUUCUUGAGGAUGGAAGUAGUCCAGUAGUGAACAAUUCUUUAGUGCUCUUCAAGAAGAAAUUGCCUAAGCUACCUUGUGAGGAAGCAAACUCAAAAUCAAAUGCCGCUACUUCUGGGAAAUCUGGAACUGGGGACGAAAGAGCUUCAGUUGAUGCUAAGAGCUUUGAUGACAACAAACAUCAAUCUCUGCAUGAUAGGUUAUAUGAUGUUCGCUCACCAGAGCCUGGGGAUUCAACCGUAGCUGCACUAGGCUUCGUGGAUCAGUACUUGUCGUCAAUAGAUGUGGACCUGUUUCAAGGAGUUCAAAAUGGAAAUAUUGCUAGGGAAAAAUCGCCUCGUGUCUCGAGUGCAAGAGGAUCAAUUAGUUUGGCUAAGAAAUUUAAAGCUCGAAAUCAAAAUGAAGAUAAAGACCCUUUCGAGUGGGAUGACAGUGUUCAAAAUGAAAAAGAAGCUGGUAUUUUCGGUAAAAAGCUUGAAGCAUCUUUCAAUAUUGGACGCCAUGGACUGGCAUAUAAGAGAAGACAGAAAAAAGGUAGUCAUCCUCCAAACCAAGGAAAAUCUAGUGCAAGUAAUAGAUGUGAUGAGAAUUUAGUGCAAGAACCAAGAAUGGAAGCUGACAACAAUAACUAUCUCAAGGAGUUGGAUGUUGAUUUGUGUGCCACAAGAGAGAAUGUCGAUAUUUAUUCUAGUGUAGCACGUACAGAAGACGUGUAUGAUAUUGGCUUAGACACUCAAAUAGCUGCUGAAGCUAUGGAUGCCUUAGCAAAUAUGUCCCCUGCUGGCUUUCAUUUAAGUGAUGCUCGCCAACAAGAGAACGCAUUUGAUGCAUCUUUGAGUGAUUUCAAUCAACCUCAUCAGAAAAAUUCUCCAUCUAAAGAGAAUCCUGGUUCACAUUCUAUUGCUCUAAAAUCAUACAAGGGAAAUGUAUCUUCUCGUAGAUUUGGCAAAGUAACUUCUAGUUCCUCUUGCAAGGACACUAACAAUCAGGAAACAAAGCCUGUCUCAGGGAAAAUGAAAAAAACAAUGGGAAGCAAGUCAACUGUUGAGGUGCAGUUCAAAAAUAAUGUUAGUCCAUCAAUAUGCAAUGAACAUGUAUCACAUGAAGAGGUUUGUUUACUAGGAGAAGAUAGGAGUUUUCAAUCUGCUUCCAAAGAACCCAAAAUCCAGAAUAAGAGCAAAUGGACAAGAGUGAAAUGUCAACCAAGUCAUCCUAGAGAGAGUAACAAUAAUGUUGAGAAGGAUACUAUUAGAUAUAAGAGGAAGGGAAAUUGUUUAGUGGCAGAUCCAGUGAAGAUGGAUGUUAAGACGAAACGUCUUAAUUCAUCUAUUAGUUCAUAUGGUGUGGCUAGGAAGUGCAGUUUGAAACAUCAGGUUGAAGUUAGUCCACAACUAUCCGCAACCAGCUGUUUUUCAAUGAUUGAUUCUUGGGCUUAUCCAAAAGGACCAAGGGGGAAAAGAAAGCGAGCUAAUGCCCCGAGAUUUUUAUGUAUUGAUGAUAAAGAAAACAAUGUCUAUUCCACCAAAAUUCUAGAGGGUCGAGAUGUUGUGCAUAAAUCAUGUCUUCCCCCAGUUUCGGCAGGUGGUGCUAUAAAAUUUGAAAACCUACAUGAUAAGCAACCCUUGUUGCUAGCACAUGUUGAAAUAUUAUCAAACAAGACUGUUGUACAUUCGAGUUCAGAAAUUUCAGCUUCUGUUGUUCCAAUUGAAGGCAUAAAAAUUUCAAAUGCUACCCAUACAAGCAAUGAACACUGCAAAAAGGCAUGUGACAAAAACCUGCCAAAGUCUUCACUUUUGAAGGAACUUAUCAGAUUAGGAGUUCCCAAAUCCACAUCAGAAAUAAUGAGUAUAGAUCCAAGACAUCGAAGAGAUAUGACAAAUGUGCGAGUUCUGUUUAGCCAACAUUUGGAUGACAGUGUCCUCAAGCAACAACAGAAGAUCUUGACACGUCUUAAUAUAUCUACUGCAUCAAGCUCAAAGGAGGCCACUCAUUUCAUAGCCGACAAGUUUACACGUACAAAGAAUAUGCUGGAAACAAUGGCUCUUGGGAACUUAGUAUUGACACACUUAUGGCUUGAGAGUUGUGGACAAGCCAACUGUUUUAUUGACGAGAAAAAUUAUAUUUUGAGGGAUAUGAAAAAGGAAAAGGAAAUAGGCUUUAGCAUGCCAGUUUCUCUUGCUCGAGCAAGACAAAAGCCACUCCUGAAGGGUAAACGAGUCUACAUAACACCACACAUCAAACCUAAUAAGGAAGUGGUUGCGAGCUUGGUUACAGCUGUUCAUGGCCAGCUAGUGGAUGAAAAUCAGAUAUUUGCAGACAAGAAUGAUAAUGUCUUGGAUGAUCUAUUGAUUCUUUCUUGUGAAGAAGACUUUGCAAUAUGCCGCCAUUUCCUUAAGAGAGGAGCUGCUGUUUACAGUUCAGAGCUUGUUCUGAAUGGAAUUGUAAUCCAGAAAUUAGAACUCGAGAGGCAUAAACUGUUCGUGAAUCAAGUUACAAAGAAUAAACUAGGUAGAUGUAAUUGGUUUGGGAAGGUUUACAGAAGGCGUCUGAUGCCUUUAUCUUGAGAAUAGCUGAUUUCUGAGGCAAUAUUACUAUGGCCACCGAGGCCAUAUUACUAAUCUCAGUUACUUACAAAUGUAACUUACUCUCCUUACUUUAUGUUGUUUUGAGGCAUGUUCAUCUCAAGUGACUCAAACAUUUACAGAAGAGUAGUAUUUUUUCUGUAAAGGGAGUAGUUAUCUUAAUGAAGUAUAAGUUGACCAAGGUAUGUAUGGAUUCUGACAAAGUUGUCUUUAUAGAUAAUGUUUUAUUUUAUUUCCCCUGGUAAUUGCAAAUUUGCAACAAGAUACUUUAGCUUUGUGUGA